GAGCGCGAGCUGAGCUCCAGCCCCACAGAUUAUAGGUGUUGUUCGGAGCGUUCGCUGUUAACGUUACAUGGCCUUUUCGACGUCCGACUGCUUAAGUCUUUGAGAAAAGCAGCACAUGCCCCGGUCGUCCGUAAGUAGAGCGCGUUGUUUGUUAAUGUUAGUAUGAAUGGUAAGGUGGGGAACGGAGCGGCGGGCGGUGUGCUGGCCUGUAUCGAGGGUCUGCCGCCGCUGCCCAAGAGCCUGAGCGGGCUGCUGAACUCCAGCGGCGGCUCGUGGAGGGACAUGGAGAGGAUGUACGUGAAGAAGACCAUGAUCCAGGACGAUCUGAGCCGAGGCAGGAACAACGCAGACAAUCUGCUGGCAAACAAGCCCGCGAACCUGGAUGCCGCCCUGGCUUUGCUCAGGAAAGAGAUGGUGGGCUUGCGGCAGCAGGACAUGUCUCUUCUUUGUCAGCUCUGGUCUCUUCACGAGUCCAUCCAGGAGUAUAAGGGCAGCUGUCAGGACCUCUCGGCUGUAUCCAGUGUGGAUGGACCAUACGGCAUGGAGAACGGCUAUUUCGAUGAAGACGAGGAAUAUUAUACUGAAUCCGCAAUGACGCCAGCUGAAACGCCUGAUGGAAAUGAUACAUCCCCUAAGAACGGGACAUCCAAGGACAGCUGGAUACAUGACUCCUUCCAUAUCACAAUAUAAACCACGACUUAUUAUUUUCUUUAAUCAAAACAAGCUGUGCCAUGAUUUAGUUUGCUGCCGUUGUUUAGUUUUACAGCAGACUCUUUAUAUAUAGGAAAUAUACAUAUUAUUUAUUCUAUAAUAUACUACAUAUUAUUUUCUUUGUUUGUUUUCCUGAUUUAAUCAACAUUGGAAAUUUUAUAAUCUUGUUUUUUCUUUUACGUAAGUGGAGAAGCGUAUCAUUUCAUAAUGUUUACAAAAAAUCGUGUUUAAACGUACAGCUAUGGGGGAAAAACAAUGAAGAAGAGACUGCUUGAUUUAUCAUUUAUAGUUAUUUGUUGUAUUCCAUAAAUUACCAAUGACAUUUCUGGAAUAAUUUCAAAAUAAUUCCAAAGUAAAAUUGAAUUCCAAAUAAAAUUAAUUUUAGCAUUAAAUUACAAAAAAAAAAAAAACAUAAUUCUGAUCAACUCAUAAUCAAUAUUUUAACUUGAAAUAAAUCCUAUCAGAAGUUUUUAGAAUAAAGCCAAUAUGAUCACAUUUUACAAUGAGGUUUCAGUAGUUAAUGUAAGGUCAUUUUAUUUACUAACAUGAACUAGGAAAGCAGAAUGUUUAUUACGCUAUAUAGUUAAAAUCCCAAGUUCUGUUUAACAUUAGUUAAUGCACAUGAGUUCAAAAGAAUGGCUUUAUUUUGAUGAAUUAACAUGAACAAAGUUCAAUAAAUGCUGUAGGCAAUGUAUUGUUCAUGGUUUUUCAUGUUAGUAAAUACAUUAAUAUAAUAUUACAAUAAGGUUUCAUUGGUUAACCUUACCACAAAUGUACUUGUGCUGUUGGGGAUGUUUUCAUUGACUCUGGGGGGAUUUUUGAGUCUAAAUUUGAGCCACAACAUUCUCUGUUUUUCAGCAAAUGGAAUAAUUUUUGGUGCCAAAUCUUAUUUUGACACACAUUUUGAGAAAAUUAUUUGCAAAUAUUCAAAAACUCAACAAUACUCUGG